UUCCGUCCCACGGAACUGUUGCCCCCAGGCUCCGAGGAGGAGGCGGCUGCAGAGCGGAGGGGAGAGCCUCGCUAGCGACGUCGCCGGAGCCGGAGCUACACCACCCCGCACCCGUCACCGCGGUCCGGCCCGGCCGCCGCCAUGGGGGCCGUGCUGGGCGCCUUUUCCGUAGCCAGCUGGAUUCCAUGCUUGUGCAGCAGUGCAUCAUGUUUGCUAUGCAGUUGCUGUCCUAAUGCCAAGAAUUCAACUUUGACUCGUCUUAUCUAUGCCAUAAUUCUUCUCUUGGGCACAGCUGUUUCUUUUAUUAUGUUGACAGAACCAUUGGAUGUACAGCUGAAAAAGAUUCCUGGAUUUUGUGAAGGGGGAUUUAAAAUCAAGAAUAAUGAUGACACAACUGAUAUUUGUGAUGUCCUGGUUGGUUAUAAAGCUGUCUAUCGGGUCAACUUUGCCUUAGCUAUCUUUUUCUUUCUAUUCUUUCUACUGAUGUUAAAAGUGAAAAGUAGUAAAGAUCCAAGAGCUGCAGUGCAUAAUGGGUUCUGGUUCUUCAAAAUUGUUGCCAUUGUUGGUCUAAUGGUUGGAUCUUUUUACAUUCCCGAGGGUCCAUUUAGCACAGUGUGGUAUUAUACUGGAAUGUGUGGGGCCUUCCUGUACAUCCUCAUACAGUUGAUACUGUUAGUGGAUUUUGCCCACUCUUGUAAUGAGAAUUGGGUUAAUCGAAUGGAAGAAGGAAAUGCUAGAUGCUGGUAUGCAGUUUUACUGUCAUGUACGAGCUUCUGCUAUAUCCUGUCCUUCAUUGGUGUGGUGCUCUUGUUUGUAUUUUACACCAAAGCUGAUGCCUGCACUGAAAACAAGUUAUUCAUCAGUUUAAAUUUGAUUUUUUGCAUUGUGGUGUCCAUUGUCUCAAUCCUUCCCAAAAUUCAGGAAUUUCAGCCUCGCUCUGGCCUUCUCCAGUCCUCAAUUAUUACACUUUAUACCAUAUACCUCACAUGGUCAGCCAUGUCCAAUGAACCUGAUCGAACCUGUAACCCAAGCUUAUUGAGCAUCGUCACACAGAUAACCACACCCACCUUGACUCCUUGGAACACAACUGUUUCAGUGUCUACCAUUGGUCCUCCAUUGUCACAGAACAGGCGGUGGCUAGAUUCAGAGAAUUUUUUUGGACUUAUGAUCUUUGUCCUUUGCCUUCUAUAUUCCACCAUCCGUUCUUCUAACAAUAGUCAAGUAAACAAGCUGACUUUGUCUGGGAGUGAUAGUGUGAUACUGGAUGAUACUUCCUCAAAUAGUCCCAAAGAUGUUGAGGAUGGACAGCCACGGCGAGCUGUGGACAAUGAGAAAGAUGGGGUGCAAUACAGUUACUCUGCCUUCCACCUGAUGAUGUUCCUGGCCUCUUUGUAUAUCAUGAUGACCUUGACCAACUGGCAAAGACCUGAUGUAGAGUUCCAGACAGUGAUCCACAAGUGGCCCGUGUGGGUAAAAAUCGUUUCCAGCUGGUUUUGCCUCAUCCUUUAUCUCUGGACCCUCAUGGCACCCCUUAUCCUCACCAACAGAGACUUCAGUUGAGCCUUCAGGAGUCAUCACACAGUUUUUGUGCCAAGAGCCAACAUCCAUGUAUUUCGCUUCAACUAAAAUAUUAAGUGAACACUUCCCAAAAGUUUGGCUCUAUCCAGGUAUACCCAAGGUUACUAGAUGAAUAAUGCUUUGAAGCAGGAUCUAAACUUUUCCUUUUGAUAUAUUACGCUUAUUUGUAACACAAAGUACAAGGUGAAUCUUAUUGCAUUUUUAAAAAGGAACUACAGCUGUGCUGUGAAGAGAAUUCUGAAAAAAAAAUCUAUAGGCUCCUGCAGCUUAAAUUUAAAUUGUUUAAUAGAAAAACAUGAAGGGUUAGAAACCUUUCUCAAUAUAUACAACUUGAAAUACCUUUAGAAAACAAAGAAGAAUAUCCUACUUCACAAAUGCUUUGGUCAAUAGAAACCUUUUCUCUUGUAUUUUCUUACAUUCCAGUGUGCAGGUUUAAAGGAUGUACUUGCUCUUUCCUGAGGGAGGAAGCCCUUACACUCUUGCCCAAGGCAGGGCUCUCAGAACAGUACAUCUCUUGCUUCUGUCACUUAGAAGUUAUUUUCAGAUUCAUACAUUUUUACACUAUAAUAAUAUGAUGCUGCUUGAUCUCAGUCUGUGGCUUUGCCAAAUAUGAUGAUUUCAGUGAAUGCUUUCAAGAUUUAAUGUAAGUGGAAAAUUAACCUGGAAUAUUGCUCCUUAUAUCCAGUGUAAUUUCCACAUCGGAAGAAAAAUGUGUAAAGCAAAAAUGCACGUAAACUUUUCUGUCAGCGCUUCAGCCAUUUGCACUGUAACAUUUGAUUAAAAAUAUCAAGAUUUUAAA